AUGACGACGUUGGUAGAUAGUGAAAAAACGUGCUAUGUUUCAUCGUUCAGCGACAAGGUUUCCGACGAUUUACUCGAAGAAUUAUUUACACAGGUGGGACCCGUCACACGUGUCAUAAUGAAAACGUUGAAAGAUUCCGACAAACGCUACGCAAUGGUCGAAUUUGAGGACGAGGAAUCGGUAUUGUUCGCUGUCGAGACGCUCGAUGGAAUUUUGCUGUAUAAUAUGUGUUUGAAUGUGAAGCCAAGUCGCGGAACAAAUAAGGAAAAAGAGUACGCGCAAAUUCGGCCGAUGAUCGAAAAACGACAGCGAGUGAAUCAGGCGUCGUCGACGCACUCGACGCCGUCAAGAGCCUACGAAAGAGAACGCGAAAGGGACAGAGAUAGUUGGAAAGACGAUAUUACUGCUGGAAGGCCUGCAGCCAGUGCCACCGCGGCGCAACACCCGGGACAUCGAGUUUCCGAAUUCGCCUUAUUAUCCGAGCAUCGCGCUGUCGUUGUCGUGCCGUCGAUCGACGCGGUGAAUUUGGCGCGCCCCUCAUCGUCAUCGUCGCAUCAUCGCUCGCAGCCAUAUGGAGUUCCAAGCUAUCGGAAUAGAAAUCAGAAUCAUGGCUUCACUACUCCAUCUCAACCGGCCCCACAUUAUAUGAGACAGAAUUCGGCGCCGAGUUAUCGAUAUGAGCAAACCCCUAGAAGGAAUGAUUAUCGAAAUCAUGGAAGCUUCAGCAAUCGACGCUAA